AGUCACAGCUUCGGGGAUUGAGGUUGUCGGGGAGCUGUCCGUGAUGGUUGUGUUGCGUGUGUACACACACACACACACACACACACACAGAUACUACAGUGACAGAUGACCUAUUGAAAUAAUUUCAGAGCCGGUCUGUGGUUGCUACGACAACCAAUGAUCUCUUGGCUUUCAUCUGGCCAUGUGACAGGGACUUUGACGUCAGCUAGAGGCAGAGUCUGUGGCUGAGUCCACACAGUCAAAGGCUUGUGAGAAUCUGGUGGAUGCUGGGCAUUGCCGCUGCUGCUGUUUCUCAGGGGCUGCAGAGCAUGGACUGUUAAAUCUUACACUUCUUCUGUGUGAGCUGAAUCCUUGUUGCCAGGAUGGGAAAACAGAACAGCAAGCUGCGCCCGGAGGUCAUGCAGGACUUGCUGGAAAGCACAGACUUUACGGAGCACGAGAUCCAGGAAUGGUAUAAAGGCUUCUUGAGAGACUGCCCCAGUGGACAUUUGUCAAUGGAAGAGUUUAAGAAAAUCUAUGGGAACUUUUUCCCUUAUGGGGACGCUUCCAAAUUCGCAGAGCAUGUCUUCCGCACCUUUGAUGCCAACGGAGACGGGACAAUAGACUUUAGAGAAUUCAUCAUCGCCCUGAGUGUGACUUCGAGGGGGAAGCUGGAGCAGAAGCUGAAAUGGGCCUUCAGCAUGUAUGACCUGGACGGCAACGGCUACAUCAGCAAGGCAGAGAUGCUAGAAAUCGUGCAGGCAAUCUAUAAGAUGGUUUCCUCUGUAAUGAAAAUGCCUGAAGACGAGUCAACCCCAGAGAAAAGGACAGAAAAGAUCUUCCGCCAGAUGGACACCAAUAGAGAUGGAAAACUCUCCCUGGAAGAGUUCAUCCGAGGGGCCAAAAGCGACCCGUCCAUAGUGCGCCUCCUGCAGUGCGACCCCAGCAGCGCCGGCCAGUUCUGAGCCCAGCACUCCACCCAUCAACUCGUAGAGCUGCUUGUGUUCCCUUUCGGUUCUUCUUUUUAACCGUUUUUGUUUUUUUUUGCCAAACAAUAUUGAUGGUGAUGCUGUCCCCUGUGCGGUCAGAUGCGCCUUCCUCCGUGACGCCUUCAGCUACUUUUGUCGUGGACGCUUCGUGGGAAUGCCCAGAGCCCCUCUUCGUGCCCCCCCCCCCACCGUGUGCUUAUGGAGAGCAUGGACAGACUCUGUAGUGUUCGUUGUUUGACGAUUUUUAAUCGUGACUAUUAUUAUUUUUCUUUUGAUUCGAAUGUCUCUGAACUAAAACCUAAGACUCGGGGAGGCAGGAGAAGGGAAACCCGCCCAGCCCAGUGGUUCCACUGCAAGUUUGGGGGGCUUUUGUUUGAAAGACAAAACCCCCACCUAGGUCUGUUGUCACACAUGCCCAAGGGUUGAUGGAUGGCAUCAAGUGCUGGAUCCCCAAGAACAAGUUACCCUCUGGGGUGUGGCUAUUCAAGAGAGCUGGGACACUUCCCCCGGGGGGCCCACUCUGCCUUCUUCCCCAGCAGGCUGUAGUUUCUAAGCUGUGAACAUUUCAAGGCAAAUGAAUAGAGGAAAAAGACGGCUCAGCUAUUUUUUUCACAGGUUUACACUAGUUGAGCUAAUGUGAGUGUCUUUGGAAAUUAAGCACAAAUGGUGACAAAUUCCAAAACCAGACCCAUCUUGUUGCCUGAUGUGAUUUAAAAAGAAGAAGAAGAAGAAGACUACUGUAUAUAAAAUAUUGGGUAUUGCAGACCAAAUUAAGUGUUUUGCCUUGUUUAAAAUGAAAUGCAUGUUUAGUGAGCACUAAUACAAUCUUAUUCCAGAAGACUGUUUUUAGUAGCUUAUUGUGAAGUCAACAAUAAUGAAUGUCUGUGUCUUGUUUUAAAGUCAUAUCUGUCUUUGCACAAAUGUACCAAUCAACAAGUAUAUUUUAUAUACUCCAUAAAAGUACAAAGUAACCAUGACUAGGGCCUAACCUUAAUUUUAAGUGCUUUUCCAGAGUCCCAGUACCUGGAGAGCAGAUAUAGCUAGAACAGGUGUGAGCAGGACAUAUCAGUUGGAGCAUGGGGAAGGUUGACAUUUAUAAGAGGGAUUAGGUGAAUGGUUUGCCCGCCUGGCCCAGCAACCCAUUGCUAGCAUUAAUUGGAGGUGUGGUACUUUCCUGAGCAGAUCCAUAUUCUGCAGACUCAAAAAUAUAGGCUAGAUUCUUGGGACUUCCCAGUGGUUUAAUCCAUGUGUGUGGUUAGGAAGCCAUAUCUGGAUUAUUCACUUUUCCAUACCUCCAGACAGGCCCUACAAAGAGCCAGAGAUUGGGGCAGUCAGCUAACACAUCGUAAAGAAGACACAGGCACAUGCGUCUGGUUUCCAAGGCCCACUAUGGAGAAUCCAAACGUAUGUUCCAUCACUGUGUUCUCUGAGUGCAGAUUUCUGCUUCCGGAAGUGACAACCCGUAUUUGAGUUGCUGUUCAGUCCGGUGACCUCAUCCACACUGAUUUGAAUUGAAGGCUAGGAUUAAAAAUUGCUGGUCACAGGCAAGUUAUAUAUUCACAAGCAGUUGACACAAGGAGGCUCAAGCACUCAAGGGCGUGGAUGGGGAACCAGCCCCAAGAAAAGGCCGAGAGGUCCCCAGUGGGUCUAUCUGCUGCCAAGCCACUUCCCAGAGAAUAGGAGCCGCAGAAAGAUAAACAUCAUAACCGUGAGGGAAAUGUUGCUGAGCCCACCCUAACCUCUAGCUUCCUUUUCCUGGUAGCAAAAAUCCCAUAUUUGUAUAGUGGACCAAAAUGAACCAAAUUUGUAGAGUGAAAUUGUGAGAACCAGACUCUCUAAAAUAGUGUUAAUCUUCUUCAGUUCCUUAUAGUGGUUCUCUACCGAGACUUGCCAAAUUCCUCCAUGGCCAAGUGGUAAAAAUAUGCUUUUGAAAAACAGGGACUUGACCUAAGAUGCAGAGUACAGGUUGAGUGGGGAGACCCCACAUGCACUGUUGGUAGUGAUCAGGAAUUGCAACCCACUUCUUCUUGCCCUGGAUGGAAGACCUAAUUCUUCCCGGUAAUUCUGCUUUGAAGGAUGAAAUCAGUUCAUGUUUGGAGACACCUGCCUUGGUCAUGAUAUCUUGUUGAGCCAGACCCACUCCUUCCCUAGAACCUAGAUGGGGAACAGAGAAGGUCUCCAGCUGUCCAGGAAAGAAAACAGAGCCAGACGCAGACUAACAAACACCGACGCUUCCAGAAUGUAUGGAAAUUGUCCUUGUCCUGGCCUGCCACUGACCCUGUCUGAACUUUCUCGAGGGUUAUUUUUCUCCUUCUCCUCUUUCCUGAGAAGGCCUUUAUGUGUCUAAUCCAGUGCACUCAAGUUUGGCCAAGGGACUCCACAGCACCCAGAGGACUGAACAAAUGCCUGCAGGCUUAUGUCACUCCUGUGUUGGGCUGCUCAUUGUCAUUGCUGUGUUCAGGGAUCUCUGAAAAUGGUCUGCUCUGUCCCAGGUAAAGCUAGCCUGUGAUGGUCAAGGGACUAGAAAAAAGUGGCUUAUAACCUGAAGGGUUCCGCAGAGUGCUUGACUGUUCAUACCUCGUUUAGGGUGGGAAGGAGUGCUGGGAUGUAUCCCGUCCCAUCAGUCUGCCCACAAGUGGAUUGGAUAACACAUAUAUAUUUAUAAAUCAUGUCCUAUUGAAUGACCCCUAUACCAGUCAAUUUUGUAUAAUUCUUGCCUGGCAUUAAAGCAUGUUUAUUGUUUAAUA